CGCAACCAGCGUGAGUCGCCUUUGCUCCGGCUUCCAGCAGAGGUGCGCUCAAUGGUCUGGGAGUAUGUCUUUGGGGGCUAUCAUAUAUAUGUAUACCCGAGAGAGAUACACCGUCGCAUCUUGAGGCUGAUGACUGUGUGCCGCCAAAUCUUUAUGGAAGCAGUUUUGCUCCCGUUUAGGCUCAACACCUGGCACAUA